UCCAGAGCUCGCCAUCCCAAUCUCUCAGCACCAAACAUCUUCUCUUACGCGCCUCGACGAGCAUCAGCGGCUAGCCAUGGACGUCUCAGCCACCGGAGCAGGCGCGAAGGCCAAGAAGGGAGCCGCAGGGCGCAAGGCGGGCGGCCCCAGGAAGAAGUCGGUGUCGAGGUCCGUCAAGGCCGGGCUCCAGUUCCCGGUUGGCCGCAUCGGGCGGUACCUCAAGAAGGGCCGCUACGCGCAGCGCGUUGGCACGGGCGCCCCCGUCUACCUCGCGGCCGUCCUCGAGUACCUCGCCGCCGAGCUGCUGGAGCUCGCCGGCAACGCCGCCAAGGACAACAAGAAGAGCCGCAUCAUCCCGAGGCACCUGCUGCUCGCCGUCAGGAACGACGAGGAGCUCGGGAAGCUGCUGGCCGGCGUCACCAUCGCGCACGGCGGCGUCGUGCCCAAGAUCAACCCGGUGCUGCUCCCCAAGCGGACGGCGGAGAAGGUGCCCAAGGAGGGCAAGUCGCCCAAGAAGGCCGCCAAGUCCCCCAAGAAGGCUUAGGGAGGCCCGCUGAUUUGCGUCAGUAUGUAAUAAGCUGUUCGCCUAGCGGCAUCGAUGUAAUUUUUGUUGUUAAUGGAAACAUGUCAGACAUCUCUCUGACUUUGUUAUA